AUGAAUAACAUCAAUUUCACAAAUCCAAGUUCUAUAUCACAAUUCCCUUUACGACCACAACAAGUUCUUAACUUCUCAUAUUCUCAAAAUGUUCUUCCAUCUGAAGGACACUCACCUUUUCAAAAUCGUCAAUUUGCUAAAAAUGAAACAUCCUUCCCUAUGUCGCAACAUUUUAACAUGUCAGAAGGUGAAGGUGCAAAUUCAAAUUUUAAUUGGUCAUAUAAAUCAACUGCUGACUAUGAUGACGAUAAUGAUGACGAAGCUGAAGAAGAUGAAGGUGAGGAUGUAGGAGGCGGAGGUAGAGGCAAUACGGAUCGAAGGUAUCUUUGGUCGCACGCUGAAGAUGAGGUCCUUGUGAGAGCUUGGCUUGAGGUAAGUAAAGAUAAAAAAACAAAUACCAACCAAAAGGGGAAUGAAUUCUGGGCAAAAGUUGAGGCAAUGUUUAAUAAUGUUAGAUUAUUUAGAGAGAGGCAAUUUGAACAAGGUACUGAAGAGAUUAAGAAGGAUGAUUUGCUAAGAGUAAGGGCUUUGGAGCCACUUAGAUGUCGGUGGAAAAGGCUAAGUGCUAAUUGUUCAAAAUUUUCUGGUGCGUAUGCACAUGCUGCAUCAAGGAGAGGAAGUGGUCACUCUGACGACGAUGUUAUUAAGGUUGCGCGUAGAAUUUAUAGAGAUGACAAAACUAGGAAAAAUACCAUUAGAGUUUUCCAAGAUAUGCAUGCUUGGGAUAUUCUGAAAAAUGAACAAAUAUGGGCGAAAAAUGAAGAUCCAGUCGAGACAUGUAAGCAGAAGACAGCAACCCAGUCCAGUGUUUCAAAGAGAUCUCGAAUUAAUGAAGCUGGUAAUUACUCGUCUUCAACAAACCCAGAUACACCGACCAAUGGUGAUGCUAUGUGUUCAGGCUUCUUCUCUAUUGAUGAUUGUACCAAAAAUAAAGGUAAGAACAAAGUUAUGAACAUGGCGACGAAAAAUUCUCAGCAAUGGUUGCUUACUAUUCAAAACAUGAACAUAACAAGGCAAUCUGAAACUGAGAUGGAGAUGAUGAAGUUGAGGUUCGAGAGAGAGAAAGAAGCUGAAAAUGCUCAGCUAGAAAGGGAGAGAGAAGCACGAAAGCAAAGGAAAAUCAACUUGGAAUUGUUCAAGAUACUUGAAGCAAAGUCAUACUUAUCAGAAGAGGAUCAAGAACGAAGGAACAAUUUAGUGAAGAUAUUAUUCCCAUCCAAUUAA